AUGUUGCUUGUCGCCCAAAGCACAAAACUAAUCUAUGCAACAGGAGUUUUCUAACAAAGCAACAACCAAAGGAACUCAGGACGACUUUUGAAGUUUUAAAGGAUAGCAAAGGCCGGUGUUAGUUGGCCGUGUUGUACUGAGGAACCAUAG